AUGUUUUUUAAUGAAAAAGUAUUAGCUAUGUGUCAAAUUCGUGCCUCAAUUAACUUUUCCCAGCGCAAACAACAAGUCCAUACCUAUAAUACUAUGUAUAGCCAAUCCAGCGCACCACCAAUUGGUGAAGCUAUACCAAAUGAGUUUGAAGCAGAUUUGGAUGAAGAACACAAUGAGCUGUAUGAUAUAGAACCAUCAAACCUUGAGAAUUGGGAAAAUCAAUUACGUGAUUGGGAACAAAUGCUAACAGAUGAAGAGACUGCCAGAUUAGAAGAUGAAGAGGAAGAACGUGAUAAUUAUUAUGACAGUAUGGAAAGUGAUUUGUUGAGCGAUUAUACACACUCGGCGGUAGACGACAAAGCAAAAUGGAACUUGGAGAGUUUAUUUA